UUGACAACGAUUUCUAUCUUCGUUUUGGCGGUCCUAGGAACCAUGGCGGAAUAUUUGAAAGACUGCCGAGUCCCUUGCAAGUCCACCACAGAGGAGCUGGAGUGCCUCUGCCGCCUGGAAGGAGUGACGUCCAGAGACCUGGGCAUCAGCAAAGCCAACCUGUCCGAAUAUGAAGUGGAAUAUCUAUGCAGCUACAAGAAAGUUGUUCCUUCAGAGAAGUCUAGGAAUGGGACGACUCCACCGCCGCAGGAGAUGUUCCUGGUGAAAUGGCGCGGCUUCCCCGAGUCCAGGAACACGUGGGAGCCGCGCAAGAACCUGCGCUGCGUGGAGCUGCUCAACCACUUCUGGGAGGACCUGACCCUGGAGAUGCGGAAGCAGAAGCGGCGGGUCAUCCCCAAGCGCCUGGACCAGGCCACCGUCUCACACAUGGUGCAGCGGGCCAAGCUCCGCAAAAGGCUGAAACGCUGGGAGCGCCACCUGAACGCCCUCAACCAGCAGCAGGGCGGAGGGAGAAUAAUCGUGGAGAACCACGUGGACCUGGAGGGCCCACCGCGCCACUUUACCUACAUCAACGACUACAAGGUGGGCGAGGGCAUCUCACUGACGGAGGUGGCGCUGGGUUGCGAGUGUACGGACUGCCUGGAGGAGCCCGUGAACGGCUGCUGCGCGGGCGCCUCGCAGCACAAGUUCGCCUACAACGAGCAGGGCCAGGUGCGGCUACGGCCCGGCAUGCCCAUCUACGAGUGCAACAAGCGCUGCCGAUGCGGGCCCGAGUGCCCCAACCGCAUGGUGCAGCGCGGCAUCCGGCACAGCCUCUGCAUCUUCCGCACGGACAACGGCCGCGGCUGGGGCGUGCGCACGCUGGAGCGCAUACGCAAGAACACCUUCGUCAUGGAGUAUGUAGGAGAGAUUAUCACAACAGAGGAGGCAGAGAGGCGAGGUCAAAUCUACGACAAGGAGGGAGCCACGUACCUGUUUGACCUGGACUAUGUAGACGUGGACGAGUACACUGUAGACGCAGCCCACUAUGGCAACAUUUCGCACUUUGUCAACCACAGUUGUGAACCAAAUCUUCAAGUGUACAACGUGUUCAUUGAUAACCUGGACGAGCGGUUGCCCAGGAUAGCCUUCUUCGCCACGCGCAGCAUCAAGGCCGGGGAGGAGCUCACCUUCGACUAUAAAAUGCAGAUUGACCCGGUGGAUGCGGAGAGCACAAAGAUGGACUCUAAUUUUAACGUGAUGGGCCUGCCGUGUUCCCCAAAGAAACAGAUGCGAGUGGAGUGCAAAUGUGGCGUCGAUACCUGCCGGAAAUACCUCUUCUAGACUACUCAUGCCCCGUCAUGCUCAAACCACCCAACAACAUGCAAGCAAAAACAAAACUGGAACUUGAUGCCAAAAAUGAUCUGUGUGUGGUUGUACGAAGAAUGUGAUGGCUGGAAGAAUGUUGUAGCCUGAUAGCCCAUUUGAGUGAUUUUUUUUUACAAGUCCUUUUAACACCACCAGCAGCCCUUUCUUCUUAAUGUGUUUUAUUGUGUGAUCGACUAUUAUCUGAAAGUCAGUCAGCUUGAAAUGUUGGCUCUUGGCUCUUUCAUUCCCUUUAGAAAUGUUGUAAAUAUGUAAAAGGCCCUUUUAGAUGCAGAUAGAUUUGUGGUUAUUUUAUAUUUGUACUCGGACCAUACCGCUUUUUGGCAUGACAUGGCAUUCGUCAGAUCACUUCUGUACUGUUUUUUAUAUAUAUAAAUAAGGGACAGCAUUUCACUGCUCAUGCCAUUUAAAUGUUUUUAUUUUAUUUUAAAGAUCUCAAAUAUUUUCCUAAAAACUUGUGUACGUUUUUUGCAUCACUGCUUUGAGAGGGCUAUGCCGGACUACAAAUUACUUACUAGGAAAUUGUUAGGGUUUAUCCUUCACUGGGUUAUAUAUUUUUAUUUUACCUCCCCCUCCCCCUUAUUUCCAUUUUGGUAAUGUAUUAACUAAAUCUAAUGUUUUAUACUUUGUAUUUGAUGAGGUUUCUUGGAGAAAAAAAGGUAAUUAAAUGUGGUUGUAAAUUGUAGAUAAUUAGCUGGACACAAAGACCUUCUGUACUGGUCUAAUGUCCAAAAUGUGUGCUCUUGCGUGUGAUCAAGGACACAAUAUCUCCCGAUGUUUGUACACACGAUGUGUGUGUGUGUGCGUGUGCGCGGCGUGAGUGCACGUGCAUGUUUGUGUGAUUGAAUGUGUGAGAGAGAGAGAGAGUGCGUGCGUGCACAGUGUGUAUGUGUGUGUGUGUAGUGUGUGUGUGUUUGUGUGCGCCCGUGUGUGUGCCCAUGCCCGUCUUUGGUGAACAACAUCUUUUCACGUCUGAAAUGGCCUGAAGCUGUUGGAAAUGAAAGGCAAGCUUGAAAUUGUCUUGUUUCAAAAAUCAUGAAAUUUGUAGAUAUGGAGGGGAAGGCUCAAGGCAAAUGUGUACAGUACUGUGAAAUAAAAGCUCACCCUGAGAUGCACCAUG